AUGAAUGGUCCAUGGGGACAUCUGGGAGCCAGCAAGGUCUUUGGAAUGGAGAAGGGGCGUUGGAGGGGCUGGAACUUGGCCUGCACCGUCUGCAGGAAACUCCCUUUGGAUCGCAAGGUCAUAUUUCUACCCCUUUUCCGACAGCAUUGGCCUCAGAGCGACCUGCGAAGAGGCACCAUGUUCCCUUCCUCUGUCUGGCCGCCGGCGGUUUGUAGGGGGGUGUUCAAAGGGAUGGUUAAAUGUCCAGGCUGGUCUUUCAAGCAACCCACUAACGCAGAUCCUAUUCUGGGCACACGGAGGUCGCCCAGUCUUCAGGCCCCAGCUGGAGGAACCUCAGCUUUUCCCUCUAGGGAACAGAAGAAUGAGAAAAGGCCGUCGCACAACCCAGCCUCACAGCCCAAAUUCCUGGCUCAAAGUCAGAAAAUGAGAUACAAGACUUCUCUGGUGAUGAGGAAACGAAUGCGGCUUUACCGAAACGCCCUGAAAGAGUCAAGUAGCAGCUCCGGACACCAUGGCCCCCAGCUCGCUGCCGCCUCCAGCCCCUCGGUGUUACCGGGCUUUCACGAGCAGCCUCCCCAGGCCUCCCCUAGCUGUACUUUGAACGGACUCCUGCGUCUGGGGCUCCCCGGAGACAUGUACGCACGGCCCGAACCCUUCCCGCCGGGACCUGUGGCCCGCAGCGACGCCCUGGCAGCUGCCGCAGCCCUGCACAACUACGGGGGCAUGAACCUGACCAUGAACCUCGCCGCACCCCACGGUCCCGGCGCCUUCUUCCGCUACAUGCGCCAGCCCAUCAAACAGGAGCUCAUCUGCAAGUGGCUGGCGGCCGACGGCCCCGCACCCCCGCGCCUCUGCUCCAAAACUUUCAGCACCAUGCACGAGCUGGUCACGCACGUCACCGUGGAGCACGUCGGAGGCCCUGAGCAGAGUAACCACAUCUGCUUCUGGGAGGAGUGUCCGCGCCAGGGCAAGCCCUUUAAAGCCAAAUACAAACUUGUAAAUCACAUCCGCGUGCACACGGGCGAGAAGCCCUUCCCUUGUCCUUUCCCGGGGUGUGGCAAAGUCUUUGCUAGAUCAGAAAAUCUCAAAAUACACAAAAGAACUCACACAGGGGAGAAGCCCUUCAGGUGCGAGUUCGAGGGCUGCGAGCGGCGCUUCGCCAACAGCAGCGACCGCAAGAAGCACUCGCACGUGCACACGAGUGACAAGCCCUACACGUGCAAAGUGCGCGGCUGCGACAAGUGCUACACGCACCCCAGCUCGCUGCGUAAGCACAUGAAGGUGCACGGGCGCUCGCCGCCACCGCCCAGCUCUGGCUACGACUCGGCCACACCGUCUGCCCUCGUGUCGCCCUCGUCGGACUUCGGCCGCGAGCCCCCGGUGGCCUCCUCGGCGGCGGUGGCGGCGCGUAGCGCCGACCUGAGCGAAUGGUACGUGUGUCAGGGCGCGGGCCCCGCCCCCGCUGCCCCCGCAGCGCCCCCAAGCCCCGCGCGGCCACCUGGCCCCGCCACCGCCGCCGCCGCCUUCGAUGUCCACCGCGUUGCUCGCAAGGUAAUCUCGCCCUGCGCAGCUGAGCGCCCGCAUCUUGCGCCUGCGACAUCAAAGGGCCCGCGCACAAAGCAAUGUUUCUUCGCCACGGUGCAUCUUCAUGAGAGCUGCGAAGAGCCAAGUCCUAAGACUGUGUGGCUCCAACCCACAGGACUCUUGUCUGAGCCCCGAUUGGGAGACUGGGCUCGUCAGUGA